GUUAGUGUUGCUAGCAGAGUGGUAGUGCAGCUUCCUACAUAGGGUCUUCAUAAAAAAAAUAACCAUGGCGGCCACUGAAAUAGCUAGGCAAGCGGGAGAAGGUGCUCGUGCCGUCCCUCUAGCCGGCCAUGUCGGCUUUGAUAGCAUGCCCGACCAGCUGGUCAACAAGUCUGUCAACCACGGCUUCUGCUUCAACAUCCUCUGUGUCGGGGAAACGGGCCUGGGCAAGUCCACUCUUAUGGACACCCUGUUCAACACCAAGUUCGAGGGCGAGCCCACCCAGCACAACCAGCCGGGUGUGCAGCUCAAGUCCAACACAUACGAGCUCCAAGAGAGCAACGUGCGCCUCAAGCUGACCGUGGUCAACACUGUGGGCUUCGGAGACCAGAUCAACAAAGAGGACAGCUACAAGUCCAUUGUUGAGUUUAUCGACACCCAGUUCGAGGCCUAUCUGCAGGAGGAGCUGAAAAUCAAGCGCACGCUACACAGCUACCACGACACGCGCAUCCACGCCUGCCUGUACUUCAUUGCGCCCACCGGACACUCCCUCAAGUCCCUGGACCUGGUAACUAUGAAGAAACUGGACAGCAAGGUCAACAUCAUCCCCAUCAUUGCCAAGUCAGACGCCAUCUCCAAGAGCGAGCUGACCAAAUUCAAGAUCAAGAUCACCAGUGAGCUGGUCAGCAACGGUGUUCAGAUCUACCAGUUCCCCACCGACGAUGAGACGGUGGCAGAGAUCAACUCCACCAUGAACGGCCAUUUGCCGUUCGCCGUUGUGGGAAGCACAGAGGAAGUAAAGAUCGGCAACAAGAUGGUGAAAGCGCGGCAGUACCCCUGGGGAACGGUGCAGGUGGAGAAUGAGAACCACUGUGACUUUGUGAAGCUGCGGGAGAUGCUGAUCCGGGUCAACAUGGAGGACCUGCGGGAGCAGACACACACGCGCCACUAUGAGCUCUACCGCCGCUGCAAGCUGGAGGAGAUGGGAUUCAAGGACACGGACCCCGACUGCAAACCCUUCAGUCUGCAGGAGACGUACGAGGCCAAGAGGAACGAGUUCAUGGGUGACCUGCAGAAGAAGGAGGAGGAGAUGAGGCAGAUGUUCGUCCAGAGAGUCAAGGAGAAGGAAGCCGAACUGAAGGAGGCCGAGAAAGAGCUGCACGAGAAGUUUGACCGGCUCAAGAAGCUGCACCAGGAUGAGAAGAAGAAGCUGGAGGACAAGAAGAAAUCCCUGGAUGACGAGCUCAACGGCUUCAAGCAGAAAAAGACGGCCGCCGAGCUCCUACAGUCCCAGGCCCAGCAGGCAGGGGGCUCCACCACACUCAAGAGGGACAAGGAGAGGAAAAAUUAACUCCUCCCCCCACUUGCUGCAUGCUGCAUGAAACAUCUUGUCCUGCUAAAGAUGACAUCACUGCCGCAGAAUUGGAUCAUAUCCUGUGGUUGGCUGUGCCUGUGCCAGCCUCUGAAAGAGUUUCAAAUUAAAUCAGCAAGUUUAUUAGCCUCUGUCUGAUGUGCUGCCCCAUCUGCCCUCUGAAACCACAACAAUCUGCUUUUGUGGUACACCCCUGCCCUUCCCGGCCCCGCCUAGCCACUACACAAAGAGCAUUCAGAGUCCAGCGGGAACUGCAAGAUUUUUACAGUCCUUGGUAUGACUCGGAUGGGAACUCCAAAUCUUCUAAUCUCAGGGCGGACUCUCUAACAACAAGGCCACUGAGUUGGUGUGUUAGCUCAUUAGCAUACCAAAUAAAUGUUCUUUCAGCAUAUACCCUAAAUCUCCCCACCUCCAUACAAUCAUAAGUCUUAUUAACAGUAACAACCUUAACACAUGUUCCUUCCGACAUUACAUUUGACCAAUAACAUGAAUGAUUCUGUUAUUUGAUUGAAAAAGUUUGUCUACUAGUGUUAACGCGUAAUGCUCCUUCUCUCUUAUUUCCAGUUCAGGAUUCCUGUAGAAAAGUGCUUCCUCCCUCAGCCAGCUGUGAAUGAGUUUUCACCCCAUCCUUGGCAGUGCCAUGCUGUUCUCUGUGCCCCCCCCCCCCCCCCAUUCCAACCCCCGCCCUGCUCUGAGGAAGAAUCCAGCCAUUACUGUGAAUGGGAAUCCUUGACUCGAAUGCAUGCUUCUUUUAUACGUUCUUUCUCAAGUCAUCAUUCUGCGUUUGCCUGUUUUUUGUGUGGUUUUUUUAUGUUGGAAGGUAGACCUUCUCUUUUUGUUUGUUAGCCUGUUUCCGCACGACUGAGUGUGCUUUUAACUUUAACAUGCGCAACUACUGUUUUGACCGGCAGGAGUUUGUGGAGGCUGAGGUGAAACGCACAUCCGCUAUGGUCUGACCAAGCGAGUGGUGUGUGUGUGUGUGUGGCAUGUAGUCUGUGCUCAUUGCAUAUACUUGGCAGGGGCAGCAUAUUCACGUCCAUGUUUCAUACUACCACUAUUCUACUCACUCUACUAAACCACUCCAGUAGUUUGAGAUAAUAAAGAUGUGCACUGAUAUCGUAUUGGCAUACAAUGCAUAAUUAUUGAAAAUGAAGACACAAUCAUAGUACGUUUCUAAAUGAAGGCAUGUUGUCCACCGCCCAUCAAGAGAGUAGCCUGAUCCCAGAUCUGUUUGUACUUUUGCCUACUCCAAACCAUGCAUGACUAUCAGUUACAGGAAGUUGGAAUGAUAGCCUCGGCGCCAGUUUGUUUGCGCUAUCAAGACAGUGAGUGUUAAUAGUGAACUGCUGAUGUUAUUUCAUCUUAGCCUGGUGCAUGUGAAGACAUUCAUGCUUUCUCGCCAUCUCUUUGCCAUACCUCAUUGUUUUUAAUAUACUUUGUUAUCUGCAUACUUGUUAGCUUUUGACAUUUUACACAAAUAUGAUUUUGUAUUUCUAUUGCAAUUGGGACUUUUUUAUGUAUAUUUUUUUAUAUAUGUAAAAGCACAUUUUAAUCAAUUUAAACAAAAAACAAUCAUGUAGUGAUCAGUAUUACACUUGUAUCAGUGUUACACAAAAAUACUUAAUAUCCAAAGGAAAUAAAGCGUGAAUUUCACCAAAUAUUUCAACUGUG